CUCUUUUUUAAUAGAUGAUUUCGUAAUGCGCUGUAAAGAGAUUUGUUCUUGCUGUAAUUGUCUUAAAAAAAGAAAGUCAGAAACAGGUGAACUGGGUGAUGCCUUUAACAGAUUAAAACGUGAUCCUGUAGUUGAAAGCCAAAUUUCGCAAUUAGAUGAGCUUGAAACAUCUUAUACGGAUAAAAAGAACAUUUUCUUUCAUGCUGUAAAUGUUAUGCAGAAUUUUAUUGGAAACCCAGCUUAUCCAUUUUUAACUCAUCAGAAACAGUUAUAUCCAUAUAUAUUGUUUUUAUGUGAAGGAUUUAAAGAUGAAGACUUCAGAAUAAUGAAAGAGGAAAUUCCAAAGAACGAUAUAAAAAUUCAGUUGUUUGUAAUUAUUAAAGAAGGAAAAAUCAUUCACCCACGACAUACUGAAUUUUCUCGUGUAUAUUGUAAAUUAUGGAUACAGGAAGGAAAGAAUUAUGUCACUUCUGUUAAGGAUUCUUCUUCGGAAUUAUUAUGGCAUGAGGCUUUUGUUUUGGAUGUGAAUAAUUGCUCAUUGGAUUGUUUGCAUAUGCAAGUAUGGUCAUCUCGCCGCGGACUUAUUGAAAAACUAUCAAAACCUUCUCCUGAAGUUACGAAAGAAAAUGAUCCAUUACACAAUCACAUUGGAGAUUAUUUGAUUGGGGAAGUUAACCAGGAAAUAAAGUAUUUACCUUGCGUUGCUCAAGAUGUUCUCUGGACUGUUAAGAAAGGGCCAAGAAAAGUUUAUACGAGAGGGCAAGUAAACGUUUUCAUACAGCUUAUAUCAAAAAGGAGAAAGGACCAUGCUGUUCAUAUCCAUAUUCAUAUGGCACUUCUACGCCAGUGUUAUGAGAAGCAACAGCUACAUUUUCAAGAACACAGUUUUGGUUUAUGGAAAAACUGGUUAGAAAUCCUUCCAAAUGCAGCUUUGACUCUGAUUCAUCAACACGCUAUCCAACAUGCAAUGACAUCUUCAGAGCUAUCUGGAUGCUCAUGGAUUGUGGCUUCAUCACUGAAAAGCAGAGGAGAGGGCCGCAUCAGCUUCUAUUUCUUGAAGUUUCUUCUUGAAGCUUUAUUAAUUAGUAUGAUUGAUGAUCCGCUGGAAAAAGACUUAGAGAAAGCUCUAAAUAACAGCAUGUUAAACUUUUUUGAAUAUACCGUAAAUGCCUUAAAAGAUUUACAUGGAAAGUUUGAUGUUCAAAGUAUAGAUAUGGCAAGUGAAUUAUAUUACAUGCUCAAGUGCAUGCAUUUUCUGGAAGAGAAAUCAGGCUUUACUUAUUUGGAUGCUUACAAAAUUCUUCAAGAAGAAGCUAUGGAGUGGUAUCUUAGUAUAAUUGCUAAUUAUAGACAAGAUUUGGAAGAUAAUGAAGGUUUAAUAUUGGAUGUUUCUGAAAUCUUAAAGCAAAUCCUUAUAACUUUUCUUAAAAAUCAAAUAAUUUUAGAUGAUAUAUUUCUAAGGGCAUGGUCACUGAGUUACUCAAAGAUCAUUUUUGAUGAACUAGAUUAUGUGGUUUGUGAAGUCAUAAAGCCUAUAAUUAUGCAUCUUGUAACUGCGAUGUUAAAUUCAAAGCAACAUCAAAGAAAAAUGGAAUCACUCAAAAUGCUUGACCUGUAUCAUAAUGUUAGAAUUUUGGUUAAUUAUGUAAUGAGUAAACUUCCAGUUGAAAGAUCUUAUUUAUCAAUGGAAGGAUAUUCUGAGUGGUUUGAAGAAAGUGUAAUCUUUGACUGGUUUCUUCUUUGCCGUAUUUAUACAUCACCUUUUGUUAAGCAUCUUGUGCUUACUGAUAAUAUGGAACGAAAAGAUGAGAAUUCCUAUGAUGGAUCAUCUGCGGCAGGUGUAACUUCAAUAAUUGAUGAGAUGGUUACUGACUUAUGGUUGAAGUUGAAGUGGGAAGACCAGUGCUGUAGUCAUGAGUCUUUAACUAAUGCUAUGAUGUCCUGCGUACUUGAUUACAUGCAAGUAGUUUUAGAAAAAAUUACAGCAAAACAUUUCUUUGGUGAGGAGUCUGUGUUUAAAAUAAAUCAGAAACUUUGUGUUGCUCUUAGUAGUGUGUACGCAGUAUACGAACAUCUUCAUGAUACCAAUGAAAAAAUCAAAGAAGUUCUCAAAUCUUUAGAUUCCACCGAUGAAUUCCCUGUUAUUAAACCCAUGAUUGUUGUUGAGAAUGAUCUGCAGAUUGCUGUAUCUUAUAUUUUCCUUUCAGUUUUGAAGCAAUUUGAUGAAAAACUGAGAAAGCUGGUAAAGGAGAUGGUUAGAAGCUGCACAGAUGUUUCAAAAUCCCCUGCAACAGCAGAUUUGUGCAAUUAUAUAGAUGAAUCAAUAGAAAUAUUAUACCUGAAUAUGAAAUGGGAACCAUUUUACAUUUGUCUGAAGUACAUGUGGCUUAUUGCAGUGACAAAUCUUAAAGAUGGUCUCCGUUAUAGAAGGAACUUAUGGCUUAUGUGCAAGCGAAAACAAUCUAUUCAUAUCUUAACACUGCAAGUUUUAAAACAGCUUCACGUCAUCUUCUACUCUGAAGGUUCUGGAUUGUCUCUUUACGAUAUGACGAAUGAAGUAUUUAUG